AAAAAAUUAUUCUCGCCAGUCCGAAUCCGUGCUUAUUUGUGAAACUCUGUCCCCCUUCAUGGCAGGGAAACACUAUCUCCAACCCCCAUCAAGUAGGCAUCCUAUUAGCCGUGAAUCAGGGGAUGGGAGAAGCUAAGCAGAUAAUAGGGGCACAGUGUCACUCAAAAUAGCGCUCCAGCACAGUCACACCAUGAAAGGGCCGUGUAGAUUGACUUCCAAGUUCCCACGCCUUACAGUUUGAAUUGCAGUGAUUACUUCAGCUACGCUGGUAUUCUCAAUGGUUUCUCCCGUAGGAAAUGGGUAUAAAUAUCUAGGUCUCAGGUCCAAGUUCGGGCUUUGGAAUCUUUUCUAUAUAGGCAAAGCAAAUAUCAUACAAUAUUCUUUCCAGAAUAUCAGCUUUCCUCAUACUUUUCAACUUCUCCAGAUACCAACACUCAUAUACAAUCAUUACCAAAUACCCCUUUCUUUCACAACACUUCAACAUGUCUUCGUCACCUUUAGUACCCACCACCGCUCCCGCCCCAGCUAUGGGUAGCAAUCUUCACCUGGAGGCAUUCCCUCCCGAACUCCGCCGCAUGAUCCUAUUCGCAAUGGAUCUACCUACGCUUCACGGACUCAUCUACGCCUCACCGGUAUACUACCGCCAGUACCGGAACGCCCAGGUCCCCAUCCUCAGCUCGGCCCUGUACAACAGCCUGGGCAGCUCGAUAAAGGACGCCAUGGCGCUGAAGCUGGCAAGAGCGCCUGCAUUCACAGCGACGCGCUCAAAAGAGCAAGCCUACGACAUCCUCCAGGCCUACAACGCGAUACGGGCAGUGGACGACAUGACCGCUCUGUCGAUGCUCAGCGUGGCAGAGAUGGAGCAGAUCGGGGGGUUCCACACCCGCACCGUUCGGCACAUCAAGGCGCACUUCAUCCUGUGGACGCACGACAACGCAGGCGCGGAGUUCGAGACCCCCCUCAGCACCACCGAGGAAAACAGGCUCUGCCGCGCGCUGUACCGGUACGAGCUGAGCUGCCAGCUGUUCGGCUUCCUGAACAUCAAGGACGGGCGCUGGCCCGCGGACCGCCGUCAUCGCGAAUGGGCGCCUCUGGAGAUCCUCCAGCACUUGCUGUACAAGUUCGAGCCCUGGGAGAUUGAGGAGGUCCUGUGCGUCCAGCGGUUUGCCGAGGGCACGUAUGCCACGCUGGUCGAGGAGGAGCAUCAGAUCAUCAAGGAGCGGGGGAUUCUUGACGUAGUCGACGAUGAGGGUGCGAGAUUUCACGGCGCUUUCGAUGCCUACAACUCCGUCUUCACCACCGACAUGGUCUCGCGCGGCCUCGAGUGCCUGUACAACAGCAUCUACCAGCCGAAGGGCUACAUCGCCACCGUCUGGGAAGAGCUGAUGGAGCUCAUGGCGUGGCACACGCAGCCCGGGCUCAGCGAGGCCGUGCAGAGGCGGGUCCAGGAGCAGCGGCGGGACUGGGGCGUCGUCGAGGACGUCCGAGACCAGCGGAGCGACGACCGCGACCCGCUGCCCUUCUACGGCGACUUCGAGAACGGGCCCCCGAAGGCGUGGACCGUGAUCUGGAAGGGCUCGUACAGCAACAUGUUCGGCGAGUACCUCGACCAUCACGACGCGAAGCUGCGCAGCUGGGGGUACGUGAUGUGGGAUGCGUCGCGGCUGGAGAGUCUCGGAGUCGUGCGGAAGCUGAGGGAGGUGCGCGGAAGUCUGGCGAAAGACGACCCCAGGGCGCUGCACGAGGGGUCCAAUGUUGUGAAUUUUGGAUCUUCUGAUGAAUCUGACGAUGACGAUGACGAGGAUGACGGUCUAGGUGGUUAUGCUGAUAUCACCUGGUGAGCAUGCCAAUCCUACAGAAUCUGGGUCCUGGAUCUGACGAGUCUUUCACAAGCCGUGUCAUGUAGACUGGAUCAGAAGAGGCGGGGGUCAUUGGAGAGAUUAAAAACUUUCAAGUUGGAUAGUUCGAAUAUAGGUAUUUAGGAGCGGUUCAUGGGAGAAAAUAGGCAGAGUUGGAUAUAAUAAUUAAGUAUGAGGUUGUCAACAUCCAAUGAUAGGUAUUAAGCCACGUAUCAGAUAUACGGAUAUAAACUAGAGACAUUUGAUAACAGAUUAAUCAUUCACCUUUGGUGUAGUAUGUUCUGACACCAUGGCUUGUGUAUUUCUGAACCUUCUUGGAAGGCCAAGCUGAAGCACACAACAUUAUCUGUACUACUCAUAUAGGGGUAAUCGAUUCAAAAUACGCCAACAUGAAUGACAAUAAAAACUCCCCCUACGCUUAUAAUAAACCCAAACAACCACCCAUUUCUCUCCCCCCCUUUUCCC